GAGCGGAGAUAAAACGCCGCCCGGCUGCCUCCGAGGUUCCAGAACGGUGUUUACGACAGCUGGUGACAGAAGCUAGACCAGACCUUUAUGACGGUGUCUGAAAAAUAGUUCACAAGGUCUUCGACAGUGUCAAGACAUUACUUAAACUUACUCUCAGCUCCUGAACAUUUUUCACAAGUUUUUUCGUCCAAAGGGACUAGUACGCAAUCACCCAAAGAUGAACGCGAGCGCAAUGGACGUGAACACAGAAGCCAAGCGGAUCCUCGCCGUGUCUAUAAGCAAGUUGUACGCUUCUCGGAGCCAGAGGGGUGGCCUGAGACUCCACCGGAGCCUCCUGCUCUCCCUGGUCAUGCGCUCCGCCAGGGACAUCUAUCACUCCGCCUACGCCCAGGCGGCGGCGGAAGAGGCUGCCGCGGCGAUGGACGCCGAUAAAGAACUCGAGAAAGUAUCCGAGCCGCUGGUCAAAUCACCAGAGCCCGAGAAAGUUGAGCUCGAAUGCCGGGAGCGAGAAGAAGAUAAAGAAGUAGAAGAAGAAGAAGACAUGGAAGAUGUUUUUGAGAGCGAGACGGACAGUGAGGACAAAGAGAACAUGAACCCGUCCAGGCACUCGAGGAAGCGGCGCGGAAACACGUCCGCGGCGCCUGACUUCCUCCCCAGCAAGAGAGCGAGGCUGGAGCCCGGGGAGGAGAGGCACGCCGUGCUGCUGGGAGCCGUAGUGCCGCUGGGAGCCAUGGGCCUUGGAAGCUGCCGAGUCGGAGAGAGCCUCAAUGCAUUCUCGAUCAACCGAGUAGCGAUGCCUGCGUGUUGAACCAUCGGACGUCCCAGAGACCCUUCAGAAAAAAGGACUCAGUGAACCCCCACCCAUCCCCCUGCCGUCCACCGGACGGGGGGGCUCUGAUCCCUGGUGUGACCGGGACGAGGCCGACGGGGCUGACCGAAAUCGGCCGCCCCGGGACAAUAGGAUUACCGAGCAGUCGGAGACCUCUCCAGUUGUCGACCCAAGAGUUUGGCAUAGGAGCAGAGCGACGCUGAAAGACCAACAACAAAGACCUGCUGACCCGUGAUCAACUAGAACGAACUGAUGAACCGAUUUCGGGGAAAUCAGACAUUCGAAACUGUGAGGUCAUAUGUGUAGGUGACUCACUUUUGAGGUGGUUUUGUACUAUCCCGGAGUGAGUGGAGUGGAGUGGACUGACUGUGUGUGUGUGGGUGGUGUGUUAACCAGAGUCACACACUGCGUGACAAGUCCAGAGUGAUCCACACGAGGAAGUGAUACCGAAGAACAACCGUGUCACGCUCAUUAUCGCUGCUAUUGUGGACUUUGAUCAAUCGAUCUGCGCACAGUGACUGUCCGAUUAUCACGUAUAGAAAAACAGCUAUACAGCCUUUGGGAAAGACCUCAGCGUGCAAAAUGUAUUGCACAGUUACCUCAUAUUCAAAGCUGCUUUUAAAGUAACAGACAAACAUGUACUGUGAUGAAAUCAUACAUGUAGUGAACACUUUGAAAUAAACAUGUCAAAUGUGUA